CCUCCUUCUCUAAUCCCCAUUUCCCUCAUGGCGUGUCACUGGCUAUCGAGCAUCAACCAUCCUAUUCUCCUUAGAGUGGGAUUAAAAUUUACUGCACGUGACAGUACGUUAUGAUGGCGAGUCUGAAGGGUCCAGACCCUUACCGGGCGGUUCCCAUAGACCCUGGGAAACGCGCCAUAAGGCUUGUAAAGGUUCAACCUGGAUCCUCACCACCCAUCCGCUGCCAAUUCAUCUCGUGUCUCCUCGAGGACUGCCCCCCGUAUAUAGCACUGUCUUACACCUGGGGAUCCUCAGAACACAAGAGAAAUAUACAGCUCCAAUCGAAAACAUGUGCCGUCAGCAAGAACCUGUUCGCAUUCCUGUGCCGCGUGAGCCGAGAUGCCAACGACUCGUUCUUUUGGAUCGACGCCCUGUGCAUCAAUCAGAGCUGCAACCGCGAGCGCACCCACCAGGUCCGCCUGAUGAAAGAGAUUUAUUCGCGCGCCUGUCGCGUCAUUGUCUGGCUGGGCGAGGCCGCUUCCGAAUCCUACCACAAAACCAUCCACCUCAUCGAGGCCACCUACCGCGAGCUGUGCAAGAGCUCACCCGACAGCGCCUGCAGCCUGGACCUGAGCCCGACCGAGCGCGACAACAUCAUCUCGCUGUAUGAGCACGAGUACUGGAGCCGCGUGUGGAUCGUCCAGGAGGUCAUGUGCGCCAGGGAGCUGGUCAUCUACUGGGGGAAACGGACCAUCCGCUGGGAGUGCAUCGCGCGCGUCUCGGACCUGCCGGCCAUCGACAGGCUUGCCUCCAGCCCAGCGGCGAUUAUCAUCCGCGCAAAGACACUGUGGGGUGGCUCGGUGUCGCUGGCGCAGCUGGUGUCGACGUACAUCCACCUGCACAGCUCGGAUAUCCGGGACAAGGUGUUUGGCCUGCUGGGGCUCGCCUCCGAGGAGGAUCCCAUGCAGGCCGACUACUCCAUGACGGCAGAGGAUGUCUUCGAGGCGACCUGCCGCGUCGCCUUCCGGUCUGGCUCCCUUGCCCGCUUCUAUGACAAGGUCCAGUUCGGCAAGAGCCUGCGGGACGCCCUGGCAGUGCCUUUUACCGACAAGCGCCUGGGGGAGUUGGCCAGGCACACGACACAGAGCUGGAAAGCUAAGCGGCGGAAUGAAAAGGUUCAUCAGCGCCAAGUUCAGAACUCCAUCAAUCGCCACUCGACACUGGGACGGGUCCAUGGGCGAGCAAUGAAGUCUCAUGCCCCCGGUUGGCGAGGAGAAAAGAGUUUCUCGGACGGAUAAAUAAUUCGUGUUCCGAGAAGAAAAGAGAAAAAGAAAUGAGCGUCAAUUUCUACACUCAUGUUCCAAUGCGGAAAUCUCCUGUCACGAGGUUGUCCCCCUUCUUACCACUACGCAGGUUUGAGGCAAAUGCAACCUGCUUAUAUUGACUGAUAUCCACCCCUACAGGACAUAUUUGCUGUCUUGUACUUGUUACUUCGACGUAUGAACUGACUUUCUUUUUGGUUAUAUAGCGCAUGUGUUUUUGGAUAAGGAAAAUAGGUAGGCUUCGGUGAAAAGCGGUGUAUGCAAGGAUAUAAAAAAGGAGGGUGGACACGGAGGCAUGCAAGGUUUGUUUGUGUGCUAUAUUUCUCUACAUUGCAACAAAUAACAUAGCCAACAUAGUAGUGAUAAUCAAACUACAACUACAAUUAAAUGUGUCU